UCACUGAUUUUCUCUCCCAAUGGCGAUCGUAAUCGACAGUAACCACUAUCACAACCACAGCACUUACACCGUCGAUUUAGACGGAACCGAAAUAACCGUCACCGUAACCGCCGUCUCUUCCGUCGUCAAAAAAUGGCUCAACGACACACUCUACUUACGCCGCGACUACAUCAACCAACUCGUCAUCGGUCUCGGUGUCCAGUGGACUCCCGGCGGCUAUAAUCCUCCCGCCGACACAAUGCAGUUAUGCAUCGGUCGUCGCUGUCUCAUCUUUCAACUCGCUCAUGCCGAAUACAUUCCGCAACGUCUUCGCUCAUUCCUUCAGAAUCCUAAUCAUACAUUUGUAGGUUUCUGGAAUCAUUCCGAUCGUCGGAAAUUGGAGUCAUCGGAGCAUGAAUUGAAGAUGUUUGAUGAUCCUAUAGAUCUGAGGUAUUACGCGGAAGAUUUAUGUGAUGAAGAUCUUGCAGGUGCUUCGGUGGAUGAGAUUGUGGAGAAAUGUGUUGGUUAUGAAGUGGAACAGAGAAGGGAAAUUAGUAAGAGUAAUUGGAGUGAUGAAGAUUUGAGCGAUGAACAAGUUAGUUAUGCUUGUGUUGAUGCUUACUGUGCUUUUCUUAUGGGUAAGAAUAUCGGAGCUUGGGAAUUGUAAUAAUUGCUUUUAAUCAAAUCUUGUUUUGCUGAUUAAUCUGCUAAAAAUGGAUUAUGACUGUAAAUGUUGAUUAAUCUCGUUUUACAUAUUUCUGAAGUUUAGUCUUGUUUUUUCAUCAAUGGUGAUGUGAUAGUAUUGUAAU